UCACAUAUAGUCGGAUAAAUUAGAAAAGAAGUGAAACAUUGCGGCUUAUGCUUGAGUCGCUUAGGGCUUCCUUGAUAUUGUUUUUCCACAGUUGUAUCUUGCCGUCACCGUUUUUGUUAAUCUGCAAAGCUCAUGAUUUUCCUCUCAUCUCUUAACCUUCCAUGUCGUUCAAUGUUUCAAAAAUCGCAUCCUCACCAUCGGCUUCACUCUCAACACCGGAAUCAGGAGGAUUGAGAAUCCGUCUUUCUCAGUCGCCGGCUUCGUUGACCUCGAUUCCCUAGGGUUUCUCGAUUACGAAGAGGCGUCGUCUGCGAAGCUCAGGAAACUACUACUGAUUGUACGUUCUCUCUCUCUCUCUCUCUCUGUUAAUAUCACUUGGUCGAUUCGGUUUCAAUUAAUCUUCUAUAUCAAGAGAGAUCCUUCGAAAAUGUCUGAUUCUUUGAUCAAAGAAACCAAUAAAUUGUUCAGUAAACAUAUGUACAUAACUAAUCUUUUGUCUUGUCUUGUCUUGUCUUAUCUCUUUCUUCUAGAUAUUUGCUUGUAACAAAAUGCGAGGCUGUUGUUUCUGCACUUGACUCAUAGAUUAAAUUUGAGCUUAAAGCUUUUACAGGCAUAAUGUUGAAACCAAAGCAGGAGUUUUUCGCUAAGUCAGUUUCACAGAUUAUCAAUGAGCAGAGAGGAAUUUUUUUUUGUAGUGCUGCGCCAGGUGCAAGAAUGGCUAUGACCAGGAGGGUGCAUCCGCUUUUGUCCUUGAACGCUUACCAAGGAAGUUGGACCAUUAAAGUCCGUGUUACAAACAAAGGUGUGCUGAGAACUUACAAAAAUGCUAGGGGAGAAGGGUGUGUCUUCAAUGUGGAACUAACUGAUGAGGAAGGAACAGAGAUUCAGGAAACGAUGUUUAACGCAGCUGCAAGGAAGUCUUAUGACACAUUCCAGAAAGGAAAGGUCUAUUACAUAUCGAGGGGAUCACUUAAGCUUGCUAACAAGCAAUUCAAGACGGUUCAUAAUGAUUAUGAGAUGACUCUGAAUGAGUAUGAAGCUGGGAGCGAAGAAAUGUUUAUCACUGAAACAAAAUUCAACUUUGUACCCAUUGACGAGUUGUUGGUAAGAGAUAAUUAGUCACUUGAAUGGUGAUUAUUUCAUUUUCAGAUGUCAUCGGUGUUGUCCAAAGUGUUUCUCCUACCAUGAGCAUUAGAAGAAAGAGUGACAAUGAGAUGAUCCCAAAGAGGGAUAUAACUUUAGUUGAUGAGGUAAAGAGUCUCUUUGGAACGAUGUAGCAACUGACUUUGGACAACAACUUCUAGACAUGGCUGAUAAGUGUCUGUCAUUGCGAACAAGUCUCUUAAAGUUGGAGAUUUCAAGGUGUUUCAUUAUCCACUAUCAAAAGCUGCAAAGUUGAAAUCUUGGUAUGAUUCUGAAGGUAUAGAGACAUAUAUGUCUGCUAUUGUCUCUGGGAUGAGCCCCUCUGCGAACAAAGGAUCAAGGUCCAUGUAUUCUGACAGAGUCUGUCUCUCUCACUUCACAACCAACCCCUCUUUAGGCGAGGAAUUGGUACUUCUAACACUUCUACUUAUUAAUAUCUAAGGAGGAAGAAAAGUUGGUUUAUGUGAGCCUGUUUUCUUCAGUACUAGAGCUUACAUAAGCUUCAUCAAGCCAGACCAGGAAGGUGAAGCGAAUGAGUUUCAGACAAAACUGAAAGAAGCUACGUGGUCGUCUCAUCUCUUCCAUGUUAGUGUUUCUCAACAAGAGUAUAACAUCGAGAAGAGACAGAGGAUAACUGUAAGACGUGUUUCUCCGAUUGAUUUUGCUGCUAAAACAAGAUUAUUGCUCCAAGACGUUUCCAAGAACAAGAAGACAUCGCAAUAGUUCUUGACAUAGUUAAUCUAGAGCUUUGCUAAACUGAAGUCCCAAGCUUUGUAUUAUACAAUUUUUUAUGCAGUCAAUUAAUUUGGUUUUGUAUGUCAUUAAAAUGUUGAUUCAAGUUGAAGUUUUCCUACUGAAGAACAUGAAAUUUUCCAAGA